GCUAUCGCAACGUGGAUUAAUGUCAUGUCAACAGUGCUUUUUGAUUUACUUUUCCUACCUGGAUUCUUACAACCGAUACCUGUCGACUUCACCAAUUCUUAAUAGAGUACCAUCACACACUCGUUUUCGGUCAUACCAUCUAUUUUUGCUUAAUGCGAACAUUAUAUAUUUUGAGCCGCUCUGGUAACGCUAGGCCCCUUACGCGACAGCAAUAACCUCAAAGCCGCCAGCAAAACCCCUGUACAAAGGCGUAUCAGAAUCAGGGUGUAGUCUACCCAAGCACGAAACUACACGGGAGCCGCCGUAGGACUCUGCGGUACUGAGCAGGAUCAAAGGGUUGUUAGACGGAGCCGUUGCGACAGGAGAAUUGAAAGAACAGCGAACCUUGGAAGACCUCACGUGGUUGCUGACGACAAAACGUGAACACAGCUGCAACAACAGCGCCAGUUAUCGCCUCUGCUACAGAUUAUCCUACCCGGAGAAUACAGCGAGAGGACGACUUGCUGAAGUAAGGUAUUCACCAUGCUUCUUCCUGGUGGUGGACUGAGCUGGAAGGCCGCAAAGGCCCAAAUGCCUCCAAGCAGAAUAUUGCGAAGCAAUUUGACACGAUCACGACUACUUCUCCUAAUAGGCGUUACUGGCAUUGUGAUGCUGCUGUACCGUACUUUCCGAGCACCACCCCCUGGGCCACAAAAUGUUCGUUGCUGGGGCCCAAACAAGUCACCAAUGGAAAUGACACCGAACGAACAUGCUCUAUGGAAUGCACACAUGCAGACACCGGUCCUCUUCAACCAUCACAAACCACUAAAAGUCGAAUCUCCUUCGAUCCAGCACAUCGACCUGAACCCGAUCACCUCGAGCCCACAGGCCAUCAUCCGAAACGAACGAGUAUUGAUCUUGACACCUCUCAAGGACGCCGCCCCUUUCCUCAAGAACUACUUCAAACUCAUCGCAGAGCUCACUUACCCGCACCGCCUGAUCGAUCUCGCUUUCUUAAUAUCUGACUCGAAGGACGAUACACUCGCUAUCCUUGCUUCCGAGCUUGACCACCUACAAAAGCGGAAGGACGAAGUGCCAUUCAACAGUAUUACUGUUGUCGAAAAGAAUUUCCAUUUUCACCUCAGCCAGGAUGCAGAGCAGAGACAUGGAUUUGAGGUACAAGCGCCACGUCGCAAAGCCAUGGCUAAGGCAAGAAACUACCUCUUGGCUACAGCUCUGAAGCCAGAGCACUCAUGGGUGUACUGGCGUGACGUUGAUAUUGAACAAGCACCGAGACGGAUCAUUGAAGAUUUUGUUGCGCACGAUAGAGAUAUUCUCGUGCCCAACAUUUGGUUCCACAGGUUCGAGAAGGGUGUUGAUAUCGAAGGUCGAUUCGACUACAAUUCAUGGAUCGAGUCCGACAAAGGCCGAAAGCUCGCCAACAGCCUGCCCAAAGACACAGUCAUUGUCGAAGGCUAUAAGGAAUUUGACACUGGGCGCGAAUACAUGUGCAAGAUGGGGGAUUGGCGCGAAAACAAAGAUGUCGAGGUUGAACUGGAUGGUAUUGGCGGUGUCAACAUUCUGGUCAAGGCAGACGUUCAUCGAUCAGGCAUCAACUUUCCAGCGUAUGCUUUUGAAAACCAGGCCGAGACCGAAGGCUUUGCCAAGAUGGCUAAGCGUGCCGGCUAUCAAGUUAUUGGUCUCCCAAACUACAUCGUAUGGCAUUACGAUACACAAGAGAAGGGUGGUAACUUAUGAUGAGUACCGUAAUUCUGAAGAGCAAGUGGAGUUUUUUUUUUUUUUGACGUAACUCGUCUACCUGACGACUCUCGACCAGCUCACUCCAUACACGCAGACUCAUGACGUUACGCCGUUAACGUUUCCAACAUUUUUCCAGACCACUCGGUCGAUGUUCAGCUUCAAGUUAAGCUUGGAAAUGAGCAACAAAAGAUUAUCCUUCAGCGAGUAAUUAUUUCGUUCGAUUCGACUCGAUCUGUCGUGUAUUUAAUACGGUCAAUGUGGACGCUAGGGGUACUUAUCGGAGGAAGAGGCUAAAAGUGAAACAGAUGCUUUUUGUAAUAUUGAAGAACUGGUUUCUUAUUAUCAGUCAGGAAACGCCCUAUGCAAUAAAGACUCAGUAGUAAUGUGUGUUAGGAAGAGCAGCCUUAUAGAGGGAGGGAGCCAGAUGUAAUAUAGAUAAUAUGGGCCGUUUUCUGGAGUUGAGGAUACACUGACGAUAACGACCAAUAUAGUUAGCCAAUGGAUCUCUCAUCGGCUGCCUACCUAGUAGGUAGGUAUGCUUGAACAUGAGCUAACGAACGUAAUUACCUAGGUAUUUUUUGUAAUUUUAGUCUGUUAAGAAGUGCGGAGACGAAAGGCGGAUAUGCGACAUUUCACGGAAGAAGAACUUAAGCAUGAACAUACUAAAAGACCAAGCUAUUACACCUA